AUGUCACAUUCACCCGUCCUGAGAGGCCUUUCGCCCUACAACUCGCCGCCCAACUCGCAGUCGCCCUGGAGCCAGGGUUCACAGUUUGGAACCAGCGAAGGCAGCGGCUAUGAUUCUUUAACUCUGCCGCCUAUAAACCCAGACGCAGACAACGACCUCGGCGAGCUCCCUUCAUUCAUAAACAACGGCGACUUCUUCUCGCACCUUCGAUCGUCCGACCCGUUCUUGCUGGAAGCGCAAGCCUCGUCGUCAGGCUCGCGCUCACAGGAACAACAAGAGCCGGCGCCACCACCUCUGAACCAGCAAGCACGACCUUCUCGACCACCAGCUCUUUUCUCACAAUAUACCAUUGCUGGAUCUGAAUCUCCAGACCCUUUCGACGGUGAUUUUGCCGAUCUCGCCGACUUCGUACACGGGUUGUCGCCGCCCCACUCGCCGCCUGCACAAAUGGUUCCUUCACGAACAACAACCCGACGCUCCAGCGUCGUCGAUCUUACAUCAUCUUCACCAGAUGCCAAAAUGGUCUCUACACGAAAACGAAAGGCGACAGAACAUGCGGGCCAAGGAAGGGCCCCCAAGAGAACAGCUCGAGCAUCGGGGAAUAGUUCAGGUUCCAGGCGGCAGAGCUUAGAGGAUAUUGAAGUAGUGGAUCUCGCAAAUGUAGAGGACGAGUCACAAUAUCGAGAGCUGGCAGCGAAGCAGCAAGCGGAGCUCAUCAAAAAGCAAAACGAAGACGAGGCGCGGAGACCUGUCAAGCUCGCCGAAUUUCAAUGUAUCAUCUGCAUGGACAACCCUACGGAUCUGACGGUCACUCAUUGUGCACUUCAUGCUGGCGACAAGAAGUCAUGCCCCGUGUGUAGGACACCGAUUAGCACAACCAUUUCAUCAAAAGGGAAGCAGCCGAAAAAUGGUAUCUUCCCCUUGGAGAUGAAGCUUAUGACAAGGAACAAGAAAGGAAAACUAGUUGCGAAGUAG